AUGCAGCGUUCCUCCUCUUCUAAAUUCUCAUCAUCAUUGACAUCUCCGCAAGUGGAAAAUAAACGAGACAGUCACCAAGAUGAAUUCUAUGACAAUUACUUUUCAUAUUACACCAACAAGAAGGAAAGCGAGCAAAACAAAUACCGAAUAUUGAUGAAUUGUUUGUAUUGGUUUGGUUUUAGUUCGGAUAUUUAUUUUGGCUUUCUCACGUGGUCAUUUCUCAUCGAGUUCUUUUCAUUAUUAUUUCAAGGUUACGUUAAGCUUGAACUUGCAAGCGUUCCACCCAUCAUUCCACUUGUUUCUACCUUCUUCAUCCCUUGUACUAUAUUUGUAUUCAUUUCGAUUGCUUCCAAAUGUAAAUCUUUGAUCAUGAGUUACAGAGAGAGCAAAUUGGCAGCAUCGAGCUCGUCCACCAUCACGCACCACCAUCCUACCGGUAAAGAAACUACCCAUCUAUCCACUGCAUUCGAUUUCCCAAACAAUAAUAGCUCUACCAGCAUUAACAAUAACAACAACACCUCCAACAAUAGGAAAGUAUCGACGAGUAAAACGCCAUCAUUUCUUCCGAUACCUGGAUCCAGGGAAUCUUCUCAUGUUGGACUUAGUGGAGGGUCUUUACAGGAUUACUAUUAUCAACACCCUUCACCGUCGUCACAUAUUUUGGGAGGAAGGAGCGAAUCAUUAAUGAGAGUACUGGAAGAAUCAGACGAUACUGUGAUUAGGGGACGAAGAUUGAGAAUGCACCAUCACCUCACUGCAGAUAAUAGCCCAUCAACUCCUUUGCUAAUUACAAGUACUUCAAAACUUCCUCCUGUAGAAGAAAAAUUACUUGAAUUUAACUUUGAAUAUUUGGAAGAGAAGAAACAGUCAUGGAGCGAGCGAUUAGAUAUUACCUUACAUAUUUGCAGAAGACCCUUUUUUUAUUUGUGCAGUUGUAUUGGACUUGUCACAAAUUUACCAGCAUUUAGUGGUCCAGAGAUUCAGAAUAGAGUCAUUUGCUUGGGUGUUUCCUUAAUAUUUUUAAUUGGACAUUUAACAUACUGCAUUAGAGAUGCCCACAAGAAACAGUACGAAAGAGGAUUAUGGUCAUUUGUGAUUGGCUGGAUACUUAUUGUUAAUAUUAGGUUGGGCUAUUGUUCUCUAAAUCCACUAUUUAUUGGAGAGAGGACAUGGAAAAUCUCAUUGUUGUCCCUUAUAUUUUGUUUGGCAUUUGCUCUGGUGUCUCUCACUGAAGAAGUAAUUGUGUUUUUAUGGAGGCGAUGGAUAUUACAACAAGAGCAGGAAGAAUCAGAGGAUAAUCAGGACCAAGAACGGUAUGAAAUUGACGAGAAUGAACAUGUGACAGAGGUGACUGAAAAAAGAAACUCUAGAUUUCAAAUUUUAUAUUCCGCUCUGUCGAGAGGUGUUUCUUUUGGCUGUCUACUUUUUAUUACUCACUGGCUUUUUACCUCUGGAACUACAUUAGUGAGAUGGAGUGGAUUUCCUGGCUUUCCUUGUAAUUUAUUCAUAGUCAUUGCCUUAAAUUUGGGCUUAAUUCUGGCAAAUGUGACAUUAAUUUUGAGAUCUAUUAUCGGAUUUAUUGUCAUGUUGAGUUUUGCCUUCAUGCUUUCCUACAUCCCAACCAAUGAUACCACAUACUCUAUUCUUAUUUUGAUGGCUUCAAUUGUUGCUUCCCUGGUGUUGCCAUCUAUUUGGAUUCACGUUUUAAUCAGAAAGCAUACUGGAUACUCAUAUGCUGCAUCAAAUUUAUCUGCUGCUCUUUGCUGUGUUACUGGACUGUUCAUUUAUAUUUUCCAAGUAGUACUUUUGGAAUUUUCUACACCAUCGAGCAAUCAAGAUUCAAGUGUCACAUGGAUGAGGUUUAUUAGAAAAGAAGCUCAUGCUUUACUAAUUUUUAGCUGUGUUAUCAUUGCCACAUUUGGCAUUGGUUUGGGAAAUAUUAUUAGACGACCUGUUUUGGGAAGAAAACAAGACCCUCUCUCAAGUAAUCCAUUUCAAAAUCCAAAUGAUGGUAUCGUUUCCUCUUUUUUCAAAUGGUUCAUUCGAGACGAUGGUAAAAAGAAAGUCCGUCAAUCUCCUUUCAUGCACAUUGACAAGAGAGUACUGACCGUCGUAAUUAUUGUGUGUUGUGCGACUCUGUUUCCAAGCUUGGGAUAUCGAUUUUUUUAUGCCAAAGCUCCAAUCAAUCAAUACAAGGAUGAGAUUGCAUUGAUGACUUUUAAUGUUCACAAUGGAUAUGACCUUUAUGGAAGAAAUAACUUUAAACGAGUACUAGAAAUUCUAAAACAAGGCCAAGCCACCGUCAUUGGACUACAGCAAAGCGAUACCAAUAGAAUCUCUGCCUCUAACAACGACCUUUUGGAAUAUUUGAGCUUUUAUUUAAACAUGUAUGAAUAUUAUGGACCUUCUUUACGAGAGGGAUCGUUUGGUUGUUCAAUAUUAUCAGCAUAUCCUCUAGAAGAUCGUGCUUUUUAUUUACUCCCAUCUAACGAAUCAGAGCAAGCAGUCAUGGUCAAAGCUUACAUAAGGACAAAAGAUUUUGAUAGCAUUGAAGACAACGAUUCCACCAAUACUUCCUUGACAGAUUUUUACUUUUUUAGUAGUAGCUUUUCAGUGAGAAAUAAGCAUGAACAGUAUGAACAAGCUCAACAUGCAUCUCGUAUUCUGGAGUCUGUUUGGUCAAAUUAUGGCAUUCGAGAUAGAACCUUUGAAACAUUUUUCCUCGUUGGAGAUUUGAAUUUAGCGAGCAGUGACAAAUUUUUCAAUGAGAGUCAUUUAACUCAAGUCAUUAGCAAUCCCAUUGUUCAAACCAAUGCAAGCUCAAAUUUCACAACUGUGGAUUAUAUUUCCAUGUCAGUGCGAGAACAAGAUCAUGCACGAUACAUGAUUAUUAAUUCAACAAUACUUCCUAUCGACCAAUCCAUUUCUUAUCAUUCACCUCUUGUAUCAUGGUUUAAGGCCAUUAAGAAACCAAAAAAAAGAAAACAAAACCUUGAACAAACCUCAAUUUGA